UUCAACCUUGAUCUUGAGACUGUUGAUUUUAAGACUGCAGAAACAAAGGAAGGGGUGUCGUGCCGUCAGAGCUUCUUCAAAAAGCUUGAAAAAGGUUUUGGAAUCUCAGAAGAAAAACUUUUGGACACUCAUGUUGCUUUUUCGUGGUUUGACUGUGUCUUCCUGUGUCUGGAGAGCGAGAAAGUCUGUGUCUUGUUUUCCUACUUGGCUAAAAAAGAAAAUAACACAAACUGUCGUUUAUAUGGGAAGGAUUUAGAAGAGGACUCGAAUUUAGGCCAAGAUUUAGAGAAGAGUUUUGACGAUGGCGAGGAUUUAGUGGCUCACGUCGAUGGGAUAAAAGAUGAAUGGGAAAUUUACAAAAAAUUUGUCGAUACUAAAUCGCGGUUGUGUGUGAAUCAAGGAGUAUGUUUAAAUGGUGCUACCUGCGUGACGGAUAGCUGUGAAUCUGAGGGAUACAGAUGUGUGUGUGAUAAGAAGUAUUAUGGACAACGGUGCGAAAAUGAGCUCAAUGAUUUUGAUCUGGUGUUUCCUGGUCAGACGGCGGAAGGCGACGACGAAUCCUACAUAAUGGUCAAGGAUGCCGUUCAAUCCAAUUUCAAAGAAUUCACGUUCUCAACUUGGAUCAAAACCAGUUUUGGUUUGAAGCGAUAUCGUCUCUUCACGUACACCUUGGGGGAGAACUCGUUGAUUGAGCUGGGUCUUAAGAUAAGAACUUCCCCAGGAGAGAAUUCACCUCUCGUUCACACGUUUGUCCUUAAUGGAUCAGAUCCUAGUAAAAAUAUACUUUCACAAACGACUUCUUUUCAACCAAUCAACGACAAUGUUUGGCAUCACGUGGCUCUCACGUGGUCCGAGGAUGGUGAAUGGAUGACAUUUGUUGAUGGUAAACUUCUAACGAUACGAAAUCAUUCUUCCCUUGAAAUACCAGGAGGAGGUGUGAUAUACAUUGGGAAAGCUCCUGGCAAGAGCGUAUUCAAGGAUGAUGAUGGAUUUGUUGGAGAACUGAGUCGUCUGAAUUUUUGGAACCAUAUGCUCAGCGGUGAAAAGAUCGAGCAAAUGGCUUUAUCGUCAAAUAAUGAUUCUGGAAAUAUUAUCCGUUGGUCCAAACUCCUUGAUUCUACUUUUGGUAAAGUUAAGAUGAUAAAACCAUCAACCGCAGUUAACUCAGAAAAAGAAUUAGAUUUUCAAAUACAUUUUCCUGUUAGUAACUCCAGUCUUCGAAGCAGCUUCAUUUCCUGGCCUGUCACAAAAGCACUUGAUUCGCUCGCAGUCUGUUUCUGGAUCAAAAUAAUAUUGUCGACAUCUAAUAAUACUGAUGAUUUCACCUUUAUCUCGCAUCAUUCAGAUGCUGGUGAUAAAGAUUAUUUUGAAUAUGGUGUUCAUUUGCAGAAUGAAUAUCGCUUGUUUGCAGGUAUUAAUGGGACAAAGAUCCGGAGUUCAGAAAAGGGUGAAACGGGGACAAACGGUGAAUGGCAUUUCAACUGCAUGUCCUGGAAUGGGAAAUCUGGUGAUGUGGUAUUCUUUCAUGAUGGAAUUCCACUUGGACAUAAGCGUACAGAUGGAUCAUUGCGAGCAGUUUUACCAAGCGUUGGAAAUAUUUCCUUCGGUUCAAAAUGGAAAUACAAUGGAAGUUUGCGUGUGAAUGAACUCACUUACGGCAAAAUAGCCUAUUUGAAUGUGUGGAGUUACACUUUACCUGAACGAGCAGUACUGCUUAUGUCCGCAGGGGGUCUAAAUAUCAAUGGUGACGUAAUGGCUUGGAAACAUGUUCAAAAAUGGAUUGUGGGAUAUCUACCUGUAGUCAAUAGAACUGUAAUCUACUUCCCAGGUUAUUCGGUUCUGAAGCGAAGAACAGAAUGGUGCUAUAGUCACGUAAAUAACGUUAAUGCAGCAUGUGGUUCUCUCUACGCCCGUCUUGGUAAUAAUAGAAUUUGGAAGAGCAUGCAAUGGCGUUGUUACUGCGAAAACGUUCUGGUCUGCUCCAAGUUUACUUACAAAAUGGAAGUCAAAUACAAACAUUUGUCGGUGAAUGUUGAUGAUAAAUUUAUGUAUAGUCAUCACCGUGAUCUCAUCAGGAUAAACUAAGCUUUAUCUUAAUUGGUAGUAUUUUGGACAUGGAGUUAGAACUUAGAACUCAUUCGCACAGUCAUUUUAUCCCUAAUUUUGCAUAGCUACAUAAAGACAUUAAAUCCACGCAUGUUACAAGUUACUCAGAAAAUGUUUUCUGUGAUACACUUCUUUGCAAAUCGCGGAUUAAUAGACCUUUUCAGCUUGCAUGCAAAUUUCAGAUGUUGUGACCAUGCAAUAGCCAAUAAAACUUAACCAUUUCAGACCAUAUGACUUGAAAUAGGUUAGUUUGCUUGCAAGCUGAAAAGGUCUAUUGUUGAAAAUAUCCAAGAGACAUCCGCUAAGUUUGGCCGUUGCCCUCUUAUAUAACGAACUUGGAUUUCUAAUAAAGAAAAUAGGAAGAAAUACAGCUGCCUGACGUUUGUAUGAUUUAAAGACCUCUUUCCAUCGGAUCAUUGACAUUGUCGUCCCAGGUAUUAUCAUUAAGGUUCAAUCCAGCUCCCCAGGGGGAGGAAAGGACAAUUCCCAAGAAAAAGUCGGCGUUUACGUCAAAGGCAAUAUAGAUAAUAGAAGUUCACGUUGAGUUUUAGACCAGUUAAAUUAUAUGUUUGAGCUUUUUUGCAUUAGGUUUGACUCUGAUAUGGAAACUACGAC